CAUUUUCUGUUGAAAUGCUCUGAGAUCAGCAGCUUCCCACAGUCACACGAUCCCAAGCUGCUGCAUGCUGGACCUGCUGAGGACCCAUCUGCUGCCGACAGGACGACCAGCGACCCGUGUUCCAAGUAGGAAGAGGAAACAGCCAAUCAGAUCGACUCUUUUCUGCCCGGAAGUCCUCGUCCUGCAGCCGUUUGUUCGACCUAAUUACCGGACCAAUACGGGGCCAAUAGCGGGUCAUUAGCGGGUCAUCGCCGGAACAUCACCGGACCAACACCGGAACAUCACCGGACCAACACCGGACCAACACCGGACCAACACCGGGCCUCUAGCGGCUCUUUGUCGCGUUAAAGCGGGACUCCGGGGAACCUCCGCGGGCUGCUUACCGGAGGGAACACCUGCCCGGUGCCGCGCCCGGUUCGGACCGACUCGCUUGCGGGGCGGAGGAUUCUAACGGGUCGCGGCACGAACGGAGUCCGUCCGUCCGUCCGUCCACGAGCCGAACGAUGUCCGUGAACGAGCUCUACGCAAAGUACACGCGGGUCUGGAUCCCCGACCCGGACGAUGUGUGGAGGGCCGCAGAGAUCGUCAGGGACUACAAGGAAGGGGAGGCGGUGCUCCACCUCACACUGGAGGAUGACACGCCUCUGGAGUACCCCGUGGGUCCAAAGAGUAACCCCCUCCCUUUCCUGCGUAACCCUGACAUCCUGGUGGGCGAGAACGACCUCACUGCUCUCAGUUACCUGCACGAACCUGCAGUCCUGCACAACCUGAAGGUCCGCUUCCUGGAGCCCAACCACAUCUACACGUACUGCGGUAUUGUGCUGGUGGCCAUUAACCCGUACGAGCAGCUGCACAUCUAUGGGGAGGAGGUGAUCCGGGCCUACAGCGGUCAGAACAUGGGCGACAUGGACCCUCACAUCUUCGCUGUGGCGGAAGAGGCCUACAAGCAGAUGGCCAGAGACGAGAAGAACCAGUCGAUCAUCGUCAGCGGGGAAUCAGGAGCGGGAAAGACCGUUUCCGCCAAGUACGCCAUGCGCUUCUUCGCCACAGUGGGGGGCUCGACCAGCGACACUAACGUGGAGGAGAAGGUGCUCGCCUCCAGUCCCAUCAUGGAGGCCAUCGGAAACGCUAAAACCACCCGAAACGACAACAGCAGCCGCUUUGGGAAGUACAUUGAGAUCGGCUUCAAUCAGCAGUACCGCAUCAUUGGGGCCAACAUGAGGACGUACCUGCUGGAGAAGUCCCGCGUGGUCUUUCAGGCAGAGGACGAGAGGAACUAUCACAUCUUCUACCAGCUGUGUGCCUCGGCCAGCCUACCGGAGUACAAGGACCUCUGCCUGACCAGUGCUGAAGACUUCACCUUCACGUCUAUGGGAGAGAACAUCUUCAUUGAGGGAGUGAAUGAUGCAGCAGACUUGGAGAAGACCAGGGAGGCCUUCACACUGCUGGGGAUAAAGGAGGGCAAUCAGAGCAGCAUCUUUAAAGUCAUCGCCUCCAUCCUUCAUCUGGGAAACAUUGAGAUUUGCUCACAACGAGACGGGGAGUCCUGUCAUGUCUCGAGAAACGACCUCCAUCUGAAGCACUUCUGCACGUUGCUGGGGGUGGAGUUAAAGCAGAUGGAGCACUGGCUCUGUCACAGGAAGCUCGUCACGGCGACCGAGACCUACGUGAAGAACAUGUCAACCAAGCAGGCGGAGAACGCCCGCGACGCGCUCGCCAAACACAUCUAUGCUCGCAUGUUUGACUGGAUCGUGGAGCACAUCAACAAGGCCCUGCACACCUCCUCCAAACAGCACUCCUUCAUCGGAGUCCUGGAUAUCUAUGGCUUUGAGACGUUUGAGGUGAACAGCUUCGAACAGUUCUGCAUCAACUACGCCAACGAGAAACUUCAGCAGCAGUUCAACUCUCACGUGUUCAAGCUGGAGCAGGAGGAGUACAUGAAGGAGCAGAUCCCCUGGACGCUCAUCGACUUCUACGACAACCAGCCCUGCAUCGACCUGAUCGAGGCUCGGCUUGGCAUCCUGGACCUGCUGGACGAAGAGUGCAAGGUGCCGAAGGGCACGGACGAGAACUGGGCCCAGAAGCUGUACAAGCAGCACUCAGCCAGUGCUCACUUUCAGAAACCUCGCAUGUCCAACGUCUCCUUCAUCAUCGUACACUUCGCUGACAAGGUCGAAUAUCAGAGUGAAGGUUUUCUGGAGAAGAACCGGGACACGGUGUACGGGGAGCAGAUCAACAUCCUGAAGGCCAGUGAGUUUCAGCUGGUUGCAGAUCUCUUUCAUGACAAGGACGACGUGGCCCCCCCAAAGUCCUCCAGAGUGAACGUCAGACCGGCCAAGUCGACCCCUAAAGCCCCAAACAAAGAGCACAAGAAGACCGUGGGACAUCAGUUCCGCAGCUCCCUCCAUCUCCUGAUGGAGACACUGAACGCUACGACUCCUCACUACGUCCGCUGCAUCAAACCCAACGACCUGAAGGAGCCCUUCAUGUUUGAUUCCAGGAGAGCGGUCCAGCAGCUCAGAGCCUGUGGAGUCCUGGAGACGAUCCGGAUCAGUGCAGCCGGGUAUCCGUCCAGGUGGACCUACCCAGACUUCUUCAACCGGUACCGGGUGCUGCUGAAGAAGUCCGAGAUGGCCUCGGCGGACAAGAAGCUGGUGUGCAGGAACCUGCUGGAGACUCUCAUCAAGGAUCACGACAUGUUCCAGUUCGGGAAGACGAAGAUCUUCUUCCGGGCCGGGCAGGUGGCCUACCUGGAGAAGCUCCGCGCCGACAGGUUCCGCUCGGCCUGCAUCAAGAUCCAGAAGACGGUGCGCGGCUGGCUGCAGAGGGUCCGGUACCGCAAGGUCCGCAAGAUGGCCGUCAGCCUGCAGCGCUACGGGAGGGGCUACCUGGCCCGCAGGCACGCUGACCUCCUGCGUCAGACCAGAGCCGCCCUGCUCUGUCAGAAGCAGUACCGCAUGGUGAGAGACAGACGGGCGUACCUGAGGGUGAGACGGGCUGUCGUCACUAUCCAGGCCUUCACCAGAGGGAUGUUCACCCGCCGCAUCUUCCAGGAGUUCAUGCUGCACCACAAGGCCAUGCUGAUCCAGAAGGUGGUGCGUGGCUGGCUCCAGAGGCGGAGGUUCAGGCGCGCUCGUGAUGCCGCCAUCACCAUCCAGUGUCUCUUCAGGCGGGUCCGAGCCCGCCGGCGCCUGCAGCAGCUGAAGGUGGAGGCCCGCUCCGCCGAGCGCCUCAAGAGCCUCAACAGCGGCAUGGAGAACAAGAUCGUCCAGCUGCAGAGGAAGAUGGACGACCAGUCCAAGGAGCUCCGCACACAGAACGAACAGCUGCUGCAGGUCAACAACAAGCUGCAGAAACAGCUGGAGCAGGUGAAGACCCAGCAGGGAGAAGCAGGAGGAGCAGGAGGAGCCCAGGUCUCCUCGCUGCAGGAGGAGCUGGACCGGCUGAAGGAGGAACUGCAGGAGGCGUCGGCCCAGAGGAAGAGGAUGGAAGAGGAGCACGGCAACGAGAAGACGGGGCUCCAACUGCGGGUGGAGGAGUUGGAGAAAGAGAACGCUCUGCUGAAGAGUGAGAAGGAAGAGAUGAACCACAGGAUUCUUCAGCAGACUAAGAGCUUUGAAGAGGACAGCAGCAGUGUGUCUCUGAUGGAGACAUCGCUGCAGGCGGAGCUGAACGCAGAGAGGCAGCGCUACCAGAACCUCCUCAAGCAGAUGACCACGGUGGAGCAGAGAUACGACAACCUGAAGGAGGAGCUGUCCAUGAGCAAGUUCCAGCCUGGCCACAGGAGGAACCCGUCCAAUCAGAGCAGCCUGGAGUCCGACUCCAACUACACCUCCAUCUCCACCUCGGAGUUAGGAGACACUGAAGACUCCAUCCAGCUGGUGGAGGAGAUGGGCGUGGAGAAGGCCGCCAUGGACAUCGGCCUGUUCAUGAAGCUGCAGAAGAGAGUCCGAGAGCUGGAGCAGGAGAGGAGGAGGCUGCAGAUCAACCUGGACAAGAUGGAGGAGCUGGCCAGAAGCAGGGGUUCAGAGUCCAGAAGCUCCACCUCGGAGCAGGAGACGGCUGAUCUGGCCUACAACAACCUGAAGAGGCAGGAGCUGGAAUCGGAGAACAAGAAGCUGAAGAAGGACCUGAACGAGCUGAGGAGGUCCAUCUCUGAGCGAGCGUCUGAGAACGACCCGUCCAAUGAGCUUCAGGACAGCUACAACCUGCUGCUCAGCCAGCUCCGCUCAGCCAAUGAGGAGCUGGAGGGCCGUAAGGAGGAGGUCCUCAUCCUGAGAACUCAGAUAGUCAGCGCCGCCCACAUCAGGGAGAACAACCAGCCAAGACAGAGCAGUGAAGCUCCGGAGGUGAGUGAGGACAAAGAGCCGGUGGACAGCGAGGAGGCUCUCAAAGCGUACCACGGACUGUGUGAGUCAAAGAACACUCUGCAGGACUGGUGUCUUCUCGAUGAAGACGGGGAGCUGGGUCUGGCUUACCAGGGCCUCAAACAGGUGGCCAGGCUGCUGGAGGCUCAGCUGCAGACUCAGUCCAGGCAGCAUGGGGACGAGCUGGAAGCUCUCCACACGCAGAUCGAGCUGCUGAGGGACGACAUCGAGAAGAAGCAGGAGAUCUUGAGCUACACGGCGUCUCUGUCUCCGGAGGCCCGGGUGGAGUACAGCGUCCAGCAGGAGAUCACCAGGCUCACCAACGACAACCUGGACCUCAAGGAGCUAGUGGAGAAACUGGAGAAGAACGAGAGGAAGCUGAAGAAACAGCUCAGGAUCUACAUGAAGAAGGUCCAGGAGCUAGAAGCUUCUCAGGCUGAAGCUCAGACCAACCGGUCCAGACCUCCUCUGAGCCGCCAGGUGACGGUCCAGAGGAAAGAGAAGGACUUUGAGGGCAUGCUGGAGUACUACAAGGAGGAUGAGGCCCUACUGUUUAAGACACUGAUCACAGACAUCAGGCCUAACACCGUGUCGGCCACAGUUCCGUGCCUGCCGGCUUACAUCCUCUUCAUGUGCAUCCGCCACGCCGACUACGUCAACGACGACCAGAAGGUGGAGUCCCUGCUCACCUCCACCAUCAACGCCAUUAAGAAGGUGCUCAAGAAGAAUAACGAGGACUUUGAGAUGACGUCCUUCUGGCUGGCGAACACCAGCCGGCUGCUUCACUGCCUGAAGCAGUACAGCGGAGAUGAGGCGUUUAUGACCCAGAACACGGGCAAACAGAACGAACACUGCCUGAAGAACUUCGACCUGGCCGAGUACCGACAGGUGCUGAGUGACCUCUCCAUCCAGAUCUACCAGCAGCUCAUCAAGGUGGCUGAGGGCAUCAUACAGCCCAUGAUCGUGUCGGCCAUGUUGGAAAGCGAGAGCAUCCCCAGCCUGGCGGGGGUCAAGACGAUGGGCUACAGGAACCGCUCGUCCAGCAUGGACGUGGACAGCGGCGGGCCCGCCACCUACACCCUGAAGGCGCUGAUCCGGCAGCUGGGCCAGUUCCACGGCACCAUGCGGGACCACGGCCUGGACCCCGAGAUCGUGGGUCAGGUGGUGCGUCAGCUGUUCCACUGCGUCAACGCCGUCACCCUCAACAACCUGCUGCUGCGCAAAGACGUGUGCUCCUGGAGCAACGGCAUGCAGCUCAGGUACAACACCAGUCAGAUGGAGGAGUGGCUUCGAGCCAACAACCUGUCCCACAGUAAAGCUGCAGAGACCUUGGAGCCGAUCAUCCAGGCCGCUCAGCUGCUGCAGGUGAAGAAGAAGACGACUCAGGACGCCGAGGCCAUCUGCUCGCUGUGCAGCGCCCUCAGCACGCAGCAGAUCGUGAAGAUCCUGAACCUCUACACUCCUCUGAACGAGUUUGAGGAGCGAGUCAGUGUGUCCUUCAUCAGGAGCAUCCAGACCCGUCCUCAGCAGAGACACGACCCCCCUCAGCUCCUCAUGGACACCAAGCACAUGUUCCCCGUCCUGUUCCCCUACACGCCGUCCGCCCUCAGCCUGGAGACGCUGCACAUCCCCGCCUCCCUCGGCCUCGACUUCCUCAUCCGGGUCUGAAGGAUCAGCCGAGCACCACCAUCAGAUAUCUCCUCAGAUAUCUGAAGGCUUCUUCUUCUGCUAAAGCAGAGCUGUAACGCAGCAGGAAGUGAGUGAUGGAAGGAACGGGAAGGUGUCAGAAGAGUCUCAGUUGUCUCAUUAAAACACAUAUUCUACUUCAAGUUUAUCACUUCUCUCCAGAAGCUUCCUGUUCGUAUCAUCAGUUCUGUUAGUUUACAGUUUAAUGAUCGCGUUGCCUUCAGGUGUCGAUGCGAGAAUCAGACGUCCGGCUCUCCACUCGUUUGAGUUGUAAAGUGAUUUAUAGGAAAUACUGACAAACCCUCCUUUAUUCCGUAGUGUUGCAGCUCAUCAGUCGGGUCUGUUCCCCUUCAACCAAUCAGAAGUAAUCAAUGCUAAUGGCUGCUUUUCUUUCAUCUUCUCGUUGAUUAUUCAUGUUUCUUUUAUUUUUAUAUCUCUGUGUGGGAUAAUCUUCUGUUUUCUUUGUCUCACUUUAAGCUUCUUUGUCUUUGUUUGAUUUGGAAAACGAUCUGGUGACACUAAUCAAUAACUCAAAUACUACCGUGAGCUUCAUAACCAGGAGGAAGCUUCCAGUCUGAGUCGGAAUCAUCAUUUGCACUUGUAGAGAAUUUAUACCUAUAAAACAUUAUAAUUAUCAACACAAGUUAUUAAGACUUAUCAUUAACACUAUUAACUCUUAAUUAUUAACAUUAUUGAAUGAGAUUCUCUGAGAAAAGCAUCUUUUUAUGAAGUUAAACUGAAGUUUUUUAAUCUUUUGAGUGAACAAUGUAGGAAGUUGAAUAUUAUAUAUUUUCAUAAGUGAGGUGAGAAGUAUAAAUACUGGUUCUUCAGAGAGAAACUUGAUGUAAAUGUUUUCUUCUGCUGAGCGAAGCACAAAGUAACUUCCUGUAUCUCAAAGAAUAUUUUCUGGGGACAAAAGUAACUCACAAAUACGAAUGUUUUGUUCAUCUGACGAGGAAUAAAUACUUUUUCAGCAAAAGCAAAAUUCUACAGUUUCCUUUUUCACAGAAUGAAAAAUUAUUUUAUUCUAAUAUUGACCUUUUCAAACUUUUAUUGUUAAUAUUUCUUUGUCCUUUUAAGCACCAACAACC